UGGGGGAUGGAAGAUUAUAUAAAAUGAAAAUCGGAGUUCGUACAUUUAGCUGUUCCUGCAGCCGUGAACAUUUGCGUUUGGGGCACGGAUUGAAUCCGCGCUGGGGAAACCCCUGCAGCAUUUCCACGCUACCUGCCUCAUGGCAACCCCUCUUAAAGGCACAAGCACAAAGUGCGCCAAAGGAGAAGCGCCUGGCAACACUACGGCACUGUCUAUCAUUUUAGGACUAACAUAUAGAUAUUGUUAUCUUGGUGACAGGAUUGCACAAGUCUCCGGGAUGGGUGACUGGCAUCUGAGGAGGCACGCAUCUUCAAAUGGCAAAUUCUAAAGCGCAGUUUUGAAUGAGUGGAUGGAUGAAGGAAGAGCUGGAUACCCUCUGGCUGUAUCAUGCAUUAUACCUCCCUAUUAUAGGUCCCCUUUUAAGCACCAACAGGAAAACAGCCAUUACCCUUCAGUGCUUCAUCUGGAUGAAAAUAUGGACACCUUCAGAGGACGCAUUUUGAUUCAACAUGCCCAGGAACUAUGAGCAGCCUGGCCAGUCAGUAGGGAUGUUGGCCGCCGUGGAACAUGGUCCCAUCCUGUGCAGCGACUCCAACAUCCUCUGCCUCUCGUGGAAGGGCCGGGUCCCCAAGAGCGAGAAGGACAAGCCGGUGUGCCGGAGACGCUACUACGAGGAGGGCUGGCUCGCCACGGGGAACGGGAGAGGAGUCGUCGGGGUGACGUUCACUUCGAGUCACUGCAGGAGGGACAGAAGUACACCGCAGAGAAUCAAUUUUAACUUGCGAGGACACAACAGUGAGGUUGUCUUGGUGCGCUGGAAUGAGCCCUUCCAGAAACUGGCUACCUGUGAUAUGGAAGGAGGCAUCUUUGUAUGGAUCCAGUAUGAGGGAAGGUGGUCUGUGGAGUUAGUGAAUGACAGAGGAGCCCAGGUGAGUGAUUUUACUUGGUCACACGACGGCACCCAAGCACUCAUCGCUUACAGGGAUGGCUUUGUGUUAGUUGGCUCAGUCAGCGGGCAGAGACACUGGUCCUCAGAGAUCAACCUGGAGAGUCAGAUCACCUGUGGCAUCUGGACACCUGAUGAUCAGCAGGUGUUGUUUGGGACAGCAGAUGGGCAGGUAAUAGUGAUGGACUGUCAUGGACGGAUGCUCGCUCACGUGCUGCUGCACGAGUCUGACGGCAUCGUCAGCAUGUCGUGGAACUGCCCCGACUUCCUGGUCGAGGACAGCACAGAGAGCGACACGGACUCCGAUGACAAUAUCCUGCCUUUAGUCCGAAGAGUCAAGCCUUUGUUGACAGUCACCUUCUUAUCAGGAGAUAUCAGUUUGAUGAACAACUAUGAUGAUCUCUCUCCGGCUAUUAUUCGUUCAGGACUGAAAGAUGUGGAAGCCCAGUGGUGCUCUCAGGGAGACCUCUUGGCUGUGGCUGGCAUGGAGAAACACGGGCUCCCAGCUGACACAACCUGUGCAUCCAUCAUGAGGAAUGCUCUUGUUAAGUUCUACAAUGUACAAGGAGAGCACAUAUACACUCUGGAAACACCUGCACAGAGGCCCAUCACGACCAUCUGCUGGGGUCACAGAGACUCCCGCCUGUUCCUUGCAUGUGGACCAGCUCUCUAUGUGGUGCGUGUGGAGCACAGAGUGGCCAGCCUCCAGCUCUUGUGCCAGCAGGGUAUUGCGAGCGCCCUGCGCGAAGAGAAGGACGUUGGGAAACUGAACAUGCCCUCGCUUCUCUGCUCUUACGUUACCUCUGCUUUUAUACCAACCAUCAAGCCUCCAAUUCCUGACCCCAACAACAUCCGCGACUUUGUCAGCUACCCCACGUCCGGGAACGAGCGGCUGCACUGCACCAUGAAGCGAGCAGAGGAUAGUCCUGAGGCAGGCGGCCCCUGCUACACGCUGUACCUGGAGUAUCUUGGGGGGCUGGUGCCUAUUCUCAAGGGAAGGCGCAUCAGUAAGCUCAGGCCUGAGUUUGUCAUUAUGGAUCCAAAAACUGAAGGCAAGCCUGAGGACGUGUGUGUGAAUCCCAUGAUCUCCUACACAGACAGCUGUAACUGCUCCGACUCCAGUGACAUUGACUUGAGUGACGAGUGGGUGGGGAAGAAGUCGCCAAAGUUAUCCCGCGGAAACAGGCUAAACAUGGAUUCAAGAAAAUCCCCCAAACUUUCACGCGGCAAUCAAGAAGGGCAACGGUCACCACGGCUACCGACUAAAAAGCCUCUGGUUCGGUCACCCAGUCUGACCCGCCGUGAGUUUACAAUGGAUGGAAACACAGAGCACAAUUACCUUGCACAAGUCACGUCUAACAUUUGGGGAACAAAGUUCAAAAUUGUAGGACUCGCCUCUUUCCUGCCAGCCAAUCUCGGUGCAGUGAUCUAUAAGACUAGUUUGCUUCAUCUGCAACCGAGGCAGAUGACUAUCUACCUUCCUGAAGUGCGAAAGAUUUCUCAUGACUUCAUGAGCCUGCCUGUGUUCAACCCCAAUGUGUUCAGUGAGGACGAGGAUGACCUACCAGUGAUGGGGCCAUCUGGAGUAGCCGGAGACAACCCACCUUGUACCGUCAAUAUUCCCAUUGCUCCCAUCCACAGCCCAGCUCAAGCCAUGUCUCCAACUCAAAGUAUUGGACUUGUUCAAUCCCUCCUGGCCAAUCAGAAUAUUCAGCUAGACGUACUAACCAAUCCGACAGCCACAGCAGCAGCUGCAGCAGCGGCUGCCUCAGCCUCAGUCCCCGUCCCUGAUCAUGGCCAAGAUGCUGUUGCAUCACCAUACCCUGUUCCAACUAGAUACUCAAAUCAUAGUCAGGGGAUUUUCAGUGGGUUAGACAUGGGUGCUCUUCUACCUGGUACUCUGCCUCCCCCGCCACCUCCUCACCAUCUACCGCCACAGCCUCACUCACAGCGGGCUCACUCACAGCAGCCUCGCCAGCUGCCAUCGAAACAAUCCCAUACGGUGCAAAUGCAGCAGCAGCUGCAGCAGCAACAGCAGCAGCAGCAGAAGAUGCAUCAUCACCAACUGCAACAGCAGCAACAACAGCACCAUCCGUCCCAGUCUCAACAGCAGCAACACCACCAUCAGUCCCAGACACAACAACAGCAGCAGCAACACCAGCCACAACAUCAACAGCUGCAGCAGCUGCAUCACCCACAGAAUCUACAUCAACAAACCCAACAUCAUCAACACCAGGCUCAACAGCACCCGCCAAUGCAACAGACCCAACAGCAGGCGGCAACUCAACAGUUUCAACAACAGCAGCAAAUCCAACAGCAGCAGCACCAGAUGCAGAUGCAGCACGAGCAGAUGCAGCAGCAGCAGCAACAGAUGCAACAGCAGCAGCAGCAGAUCCGGCAGCAGAUCCAGGAGAUGAGGCAGCAGCAGCAGCAGCUGCAGCAGCAACAUCAGCAGAUCCAGCAGCAACAUCAGCAGAUGCAGAGGCAGCACCAACAAAUGCAGCAGCAGCUAAAAAUGCAGAUGUCGCUUCCGCCGCCUCCCACUAGCUAUCCAACCAUUUCCCUACAACAGAUCCAUCUUCUUCCUUCAAUCCCUCCUCCCACCGCUGUGCCUGAGCUGGACAGGGGGGACCACACACAUACGCUGAAGCCGACUCUUCCACGAACAUUACCUCCUUCCUUCAGCGACACAGAUGGAGCUUUGGAGAUCCAGAUGAGGAAGGUAAACCCCCCACCUCCAUACCCAGGGACCGUGGUGUCUGCGGCAGCAGCUACAGCAGCUGCUGCUCCUCAAACGUUCAUUACAAACUGUGACAGUCCAAGUGUCCUGGCUCCCGAUCCCUGUCUCAAGAAAGACGAAUUUUUGCUUCACCCAGUCACUUUGCAAUACCCAACUCCUCUGGGGUAUGAACGGAUCACCACUUUUGACAGCAGUGGCAAUGUAGAGGAGGUGUGUCGCCCACGGAGACGCCUCAUUCGCAAUCAGAAUGCAUACUCUGUUCAUGGCAUUGGAGGUUCGGCAACUCUUAAAGUGACUUCCACUGAAAAUAAAAAAAUUCAACUACCAUACAGCUCAGCCACGUUGAGUCGUCUGUCUGUCCCUCGGUAUUCUAUACCAAGUGGAGACCCUCCUCCAUACCCAGAUCCGGCCAAUCAGGUAACUGCUACUCUUCCUCUUCCUCCUCCUCCUCAGAAAAUCGACAGCAGUCUGAUUCAUGCCACUCUACGUCGUGAGCGCAGAGAUGUGGGACUCAAAGUGCCACAGAUGAUGGACAGCUCGAGAACUUUGCCCACCAAGGCAAAAAUGAACAGCGCGUUGUCGCUUUCCUACCAGCAGAGGGUGCCCACUGCGUUGUACACGUGCACACAGUGCAGCAGUAACAGCAGUAGCACCAGUGUCAGUGUAACCGGAGGGGGGACUACAAGUAGUGGGAUCGCAGGCGGCACGGUUGUAAGGCAAGACUUCCCACCAGGCAAAGGGGCUCAUCACAGCACCAUCAUAGUGCACUCCAAAAGUGCCUCACCGCUGGCGUCUCAGUCGUCUUACAGUCUACUGGGAGCGGUCGAUAACAGUCGGGACAGAACAGUGUAUGUAAACUCUGCGUUUACUGAAGACGAGACGCUAAAUCAGCAGUGUCACCUUGACAAAUCUGUUCGUCAGUUGAAUCUGGGCGAUGGCAGUAUGACAGUCAAACGCCCUCCGCCUUAUCAGUGGGACACCUCCACUGCAGAGGACUUCUGGCUUACUCCAGAGCAGACGAUGUUAGCCCCGCCACCAGGAAAUCCUAAACCACCCCCUCUCAUUAUCAGUCAGGCUCAGCAUUUGGACGUUACUCGGCUUCCUUUUGUCCUCACAACGAAGCCUCCGACCAGUCUGAACACAAGCACUCUUACCUUCCCAUCAGGAUACCAGAUAUCCCUCUCACCUUUUCCCCCAGGUGUGGGUCACAGUGGACCUCCACUCCAGACCCUACAGAACCCUUCACCACAGUGUUCCCCAAAUGAAGUAGUCACCUCGGUAUCCUUUGCCCAACAGGAUCCUAGUUUGGUCUUACCACCAGGGUACCCUCCAAACUUGGCUAACUUGGCUUGCUGUCCUCUCCCUCCAUUGUAUCCUGGAGCUAGCUCAUGCGCUGGACUUCAGCUUCACCCUGUCAGUUUACAUCCUUGGAACCCUUACCCCUGUCCACCACCAAUGCAAGAUCCUCCAGCUCCUCCCCUGCCGACCAAAACUCAUCAGAUUUUAGAAAAGCCUCUACUCUCCCCACCUCCUCCCACUGCUCCACCUCCACCACCUCCGCUACCACCUCCUCCCCCGCCCACUGAGUUGAUCCCAUCCAAAAGUGCCACAGAAGACCAAGCAGAUUCUGCCAACAAUUUUCCCGAGCCGUCAUCCCUUAAUGAAAGCCCCGUUCCUCAGGAGUCGGAACACUACAGCAAGAAGAGCCGCAAAAGGCUCGACAGCAGGGCAGAGGAGGGCAACAUGCCCACAGUCUCUGAGAGCAGAUCAAGAAAGGAAGGGCGAGCGCUCUCUGACUUCAACACCCUCAUAUCCAGCCCAAGGCUCGGCAGUAGAGAGAAGAAGAAGCCCAAGGGGCAGAGAGAGCAACUCAAUAAGACUAAGAAAAUGAGCAGGACAACGAACGAGUUCCAGGACAGCUCCGAAAGUGAACCAGAGCUGUUUAUUAGUGGCGACGAGCUCAUGAACCAGAAUCAGAGUAGCAAAAAGAGCUGGAAGAACAAGAGGAGCCUGCGUAUGGCAAGUGAGCUGGAAGAGAUUAAGUGCCGCAAGGCCAACGAAAGAGAGGACCGCAGUUUAGGUAUCCAAGGGUUUGUCUAUGUCAUGGCCAAUAAGCAGCCGCUCUGGAACGAGGCUACGCAGGUCUAUCAGCUUGACUUUGGCGGUCGGGUCACUCAGGAGUCAGCAAAGAAUUUUCAGAUAGAGCUGGAUGGCAGGCAGGUGAUGCAGUUUGGGCGAAUAGAUGGGAACGCUUACAUCCUGGAUUUCCAGUACCCUUUCUCAGCCGUGCAGGCGUUUGCUGUCGCCUUGGCCAAUGUGACUCAAAGACUGAAAUGAAGAGUUGUUUUGCCGGUGUUGCUGUUCUGUACUGGUAUUAGACUCUGAUGCUCGGGAGUGAGACACAUUUAUUACAUUUUUUUCCCUGAUUUUUUAUUUUUUAUUUUUUGAUUUGGCUGUUCACAUACUUGUGAUUCACAGUUAGUACCGAAAGCAAAGUCAGCUUGUCAAGUACCGAUGGAAGCAGUUUAUCCAGAACUUUGACUUAAUGCUGUCGUUCAGAAAUAUAACUUAGAAUAAAUAUUAUAAAUAAAUAUAAUAAGUCUUUACAUAAUUGAUAUUCAUUUUGCAUUAAACAAAUGCAAUUUCUGAGGGUAGAAUGGAGUUUGAUAUUAAGAAAUUUAGAAUUGCCUCUAAGCCAUACCAUAGGAUAUCUAACACAAAUAUUGCACUUUUUAAAAUUGAUUUAAAAGGAAUCCAGUAAAGAAGACUGGUUUUAUUAUUCGUUGUUUUAAGGAUUUUGCUAACUUUGCAGAUUCAUAUCUCAUUCCAGGCCAGGAUGAGGUGAGAUUUGUUUAAUUUCUUCUGCUAUAUGCUUUCAGUGAGUCAUUGCAUCUGAAAGACCUGAGCAAAGUUUGGCAUUGUAUUUAUGUUACUUCUAUGAAGUGAUGCAAUGAGCGUUAAAAUCCAUCUUUUGGCAAAAAUAUUACAAUUUGAUUCAGUGAGGCAGUAAUAUUUCAUAGAGGCUUGCAUUUUACAUUUGUACAUUUAAUUAUAUUUCGUGUAAUUCUAUAGCGCAAACACUGUUUUUGUUUACAGAAAUCCUCCCGUUGCUGGUUGAUUAAGUCUUUGAGUGCCAUAUGUAAGCUAAAGUGAAAUCUUACUCUUUUUUUUUUUUUUUUUUUUUUUGCUGGGUGUUUAUGAUGCUACUUGAAUCCUGCAUUUGAAUGUGAAGUGCUGUAGUUUCACUAUUUGGAAAUCAGUGCUGCUUUGAAUAGAUAGAGCUUUUGUGCAAUAAUCCUACCUACACAGAACCGAUGUUGUAAUUGCAAAGGAAAACAUAAAGCCGCUUGCUACACUGUGGAUUUAGCAAGUGACCUGCGUUUAGAUAAGAAGUGCUUAUACGUUGGUAACGUUUUUUAUUUCUUUUGUUUUUACUUACCAAAUAUUUUGUGAUGUUACAUCUGUAGACAAAAAAAAAAAGAAAAAUAAUUUUGCAAAAGUGUAUUUAUAAGUUGUUGCAGUGUGCUGUAGGAGUGAGAUUCAUGUAAAUUUGGUGCUAAUGUAUAAAAAAGAUAAAUUAUUAUUGAAUGUUUGUUUCAAAUUACUUUAAGGGCCUUGGAGAGCAACAAGAAGUGCAAUGAUUUCAUUUUACAAUGCUUUUUCCCUCUGUGCAACUUUAAAGACAGUGUUCACCAGUCAUCAGCAAUACUGCCUAAUGAAGAGAUUGCAGCCAGAUUUUAUUUCUCUUAUUCUGUGAUGAAAAGAAAAAAAAAGUAGGUUUGUAAAGACCUAUGGGCUAGCCAAAAUGUAAUAAAAUCUAUUUAUCUGCAAUGUU